UUUCAAAAUCUCUCUGCUCUUUUGGUCUUGUGAUUAUGGCUCUUACUAGUCCAAAGAAGAGUCACAUCCCAUACAGAGAUUCUAAACUAACUUAUCUGUUACAAGAUUCCCUUGGUGGAUCUUCCUUCACAUUAGUCAUUGGCUGAAUCAGUCAAACCAAUGUUGAAGAAGGACUUUCAACACUCAGAUAUUUGAGCCGAAUUGGCACGGUGGUUAACCACCCUAAGGUAACAAGAUAAAAUCUCUACUUUGCAUUAUUGAGAGAACCAAGAGUG